CAACAUCAGUAAGAGGAAGCAAAUUGAGAAACGAGCUUUAAGGCCUCUUCGAAAAUGGCAUCUACCGUGUCUAAAUACAUUUACAACUUUCUCUGUAAACACGAGGGCAGUUCGGAUUUUGGUAAAGUGGAGAAGAAUUUACGGCAGAGUUUCACGGUGGCGGAUCAGGUACUGUCUCUGGUGCUCGAUGACCACCAGAGGUUUGUUAUAAAAGAGGAUGAAGACUCGAACACCACCAACUCAGUACUGGGUGCUGACAGUCUGAUCAUAGCCAAAACCUCUCUGAGAGUGUGCAAAAAUGACAAAUGUGUCAGCUGUGAAGAACUGCACCUGUGUAGGUACUUUGUAUGUGGAAACUGCAGAUUUGGGUUCAAAUGCAAGAAUUCUCAUGAUUUGGCCUCAGCACAUAAUUCUGACCUCUUGAGAAAGCGAGAUCUUGAAGAGCUUGAGAGUGGACUGUUGUUUCAACUUCUGCUUCAGAAUGACCCAUCUUUACUUCCAGAGGUUUGCUCCCAUUACAACAAGGGGAAUGGAGAACAUGGCAGCUGUAAAUUUAAGACAUCUUGCACCAGCCUGCACCUGUGCCAGCACUUCAUGCAGGAUGACUGCAAGUUUGGAGCUGCUUGCAAAAGGGCCCACAGCUUGGAUGCACAGGCUCAGAAAAUUCUCAAUGGCCGAGGGGUCAGUCCAGAAAACAUGCGCAAACUCCACAAGAUAUACAAGAACAAGUUACUGAUCACCUCUUCUCAAGAGAGACCAGUCAAGAAGAAAGAGCACACAGCUGUUCCAGCAGUGAGCUGUUCCAGCAGUGAGAGGAGCACCAGACACAAAUCCAGUAGCUCCGUAAGUGAAGCUGAUUACAGUGAAAUCUGCCUCUAUUUCUUACGUGCUGGAUGUAGUUUCAAAGACAAGUGUGUCCGUUUCCACCACCAUCUACCCUAUAAAUGGCAAAUUUUAAAAAAGGAUGGAGUCACAUGGAGUGACCUGCCAAAUGAAGAGGAGAUUGAGAAGGCAUUCUGUAGUCCAUCGAAUGAUUUGAGUAUUACUCAGACCAGCACAGGGAAUGAGGUGGUGAAUUUUGACUCAAUGACAUUAGGAGGGUCAUCAGUGCGGCGACUAUCCACAGCAUCCUCUGUUACUAAACCCCCUCACUUUAUACUGACCACUGAAUGGCUGUGGUACUGGAAAAAUGACAAUAAGGGCUGGACGGAAUAUGGCAAAGGGGAAAAUGCAAAGCUUGUGGCCUCAGUCACUUCGGAAAUCCUUGAAAUUUUUUACCUGCCUGACAAGGACAAGGAAGUUUCAUUCAACUCAGAGAACCACAAAUACAUGCUCUCAUUUAAAGGCAUGUAUCAGCAAAAUCUGAAGUACAAAACUGUAAGAGAGAUUCGAAGGAGACCGCGUUUUGUGUCUGCUCAAGAAGUCAAGAGCAAAAUUAAGGGAAGUGAGUCUUCAGACAGCACCAUCUCCUCUGUGGAAGUCCCUGCUCACUGGGACAAAGGAGCUCUCCUUGGAUUCACCUACAAGAUUGUUCCUCUGCAAAGCUCUUCUAAGGAAUACCAAAGGAUUGGCUCAAUGUUUAGUAGGACAAUGCCCAAAAGCAUCAUUCACAGGAUUGAGAGAGUGCAGAAUUUGUCUCUUUGGAGGGUCUUUCAGUGGCAAAAAGAACAAAUGACUGAGAUGAAUGGAGGGAAGGGAGUCGACCAGCGUUACCUUUUCCAUGGUACGGAUGAGUCUCUGAUAGAGGCCAUAUGUCAGCAGAACUUUGACUGGAGGAUCUGUGGCAGUCACGGAACACUUUACGGGAGAGGCAGCUAUUUUGCAAGAGAUGCUUCAUACUCUGACAGAUAUGCAAAAUCCACUACCAAGACCAAGAAGAUGUUUGUGGCACUGGUGCUAGUCGGAGAGUUCACAAAGGGUAACAUUACUUUAGUCCGACCUCCACAGAAGAAAUCCAAUCAAAACCUUUACGACAGCUGUGUUGACAAUGAAACCAAUCCAGCCAUUUUUGUAGUUUUUGAGAAGUACCAGGUCUAUCCUGAGUACAUCAUUGAAUACUCCUAAUUUGUAGUAUGAUAUCAAAACAUGUUAUAUUAUAAAACAUGUUGAUAUUGUAAGCAAUAGUUAUUUCAAUUGUUAGACUUACAUAACUGGAAAAUAACCAAUAUCUCUUUAAGUAUUUUUUUCUGUCAGGUUAAUUCUUAAUCACUGCAAUAUAAUUGUUUUUGUUUGUUUUUGUUUUGUAGAGUAACUUUACUGAUAUACCCUCUGUGAUAUAUUUUGUGAUGAAAAUAGCAAACUGUUAAAUAUAAUAUAUCUACAAUAGAAUUGUAUGUAGAUUGCUUAAUGCAUUAGGUGCAAUAAUAAUUGCACUUGUUUAAAAGAAAACAAAUUUAACAGCCAGAUACAAUUUUACAACCUGAUACAGUCUACCUUUUCACAAGUGCCAGUAUUAUAAAUCAACUGUCAACUUAUUUUUUUGUGCACAAUACAAAAAAUACAACAUUAAGCCGAGAGCUGGCAAAAUAUAGCACCAUAUGUACAACAUCUGAGCAUUACUCAUUCCUAUUAAAAUAAAUUUCAUGUUAUAAUUUUAGCUUUUGACAUUGUAUUUAAUUUAUGAUUAAUUAGAUGUUGAUAUAAUUGAUGUGAGCAUACUGUACACCACAGACACUAGGAAGUGGAACAUUUACUAGGUAAAUGAUUAGGAGUAUCAUUGACUAUGGAGACUUGUGCCACUGACCUCUGGUGGUAAGCUUGAGAAAUGAAGGGUGUGAUUGUGACAGUCUCUGAGUAAAAAGACAGCAUGUAAAGCUAAACCAGACUAAAAGACUCUGCCCACUUUGCAUCAUAUUUUGACCUGGUUAUACAGGAAGUGACUGUCUGAUAAGUAUAAUGACCAACCACAGUUUGCUUGUUUUGUGAGGUGUACCCUUGUGGAGUUGUGCUUCUGUUAAAGAGAUAGUUCACCCAAAAUUAUUUACUCCCCCACAUGCCAUCCCAGAUGUGUAUGACAUACUUUUAUCUUCUGAACACAACUGAAGAUUUGAUUAAGAAGAAUAUUUAAACUCUGUAGGUCCUAAAAA